ACGGACCCUGGCUAUCUAAGUAACACUGUCGAACAAUUUGUUAAGCCUCCUCCUUCUCUCCUCAUUAUAUUUUGCCACGUGUAAUCAGAUUCAAGAGUUUGACAUGGGGUUUGCGUCCAAUGCUUGUUCUUUCUGAAAUCUCCGUCCAUUUGCUCCAAAAUUUGAACCCCUAACGUUAUGGGAAGGUCAACGUUUGAGGCGGUCGUCUCUGUUUUCGUCACGGUUCACCCGCACGAGACCUCCGCUCUGCUCCAUUCCUUCUUCUGCUUCUUUUUUGUUUUGAGUGCCUAUUUCGUGGUUCUUCCGUUGCGGGACGAGGGCGCCAUCUCGUUGGGGUUAUCGAACCUGCCAGGUCUAUUCGUGGGGUCUCUGUUGCUCACCCUCAUUGCUGCGCCCUUUUCUUCUCUCAUAUUCUCUCUGCCUAACCUUUCCAAAGGCAAGGCUUUGUUUUUGAUACACAGGUUCUUUAGUGUAUCCCUCAUUUUGUUCUUUAUUCUAUGGCACUCCUCAUCCGCUGGAUAUUCAAAGUCCAAUUUUACAGGAUCCAUGCCCUUGACCUAUCCCUCAAAGGAAGAAAGGAAAAUUGGUGACCAAGGCAGUCUUACCUCUUCAUUUGGUUGGGAUAACCAUGGAUGGUUCUAUAUCUCUGUUCGUAUAGGAUUGUUUCUUUGGGUUGCUUUGCUUAAUCUAAUUACAAUUUCUUCAACUUGGGCAAGGGUAAUUGAUGUGAUGGACAGUGAGUCAGGUUCAAGAUUAUUCGGGUUUAUUGGUGCUGGUGCCACCCUUGGACAACUUUUUGGGUCAUUGUUUGCCAUUGGGAUGGCUUUUGUUGGCCCAUUCUUGCUUUUGUUUGCUGCAUUAUUGAUGGAACUUGCAGCGCAGACAUCAAGAGGGAUAAAUUGUGGUACAUCUUAUGCAGAAGAAAAAUUGUCUCCCAUUAGAAAAUCUGAUUCCAAUCAUGAAAACAAGACUGAUGAGAUUCAAAAGACAGAACAUACUCCAAGAGGUUCUCCAAAUUCAUCUACUUCAGGGAAGCUUCCAAUUUGGCCCAUAUUUGAAGGACUCUGGCUUAUAUUGUCAUCAACGUACCUGCUACAUGUAUCAUUGUUCAUCUGGCUGAGUGCAGUUGUCUCUUCAUUCUUCUAUUUUCAGGUUAUUUAAUCUUCUGUCCUGUUAUAAAAUCUUUAGU